GCCAUGGACCUGACGCUGAUGCGGGCGCGGCUGCAGGAGAAGCUGAGCCCGCACUACCGCAGCCCCGAGGAGUUCGCCCGCGACGGCUGGCGCCUGCUGCGCCAGUUCCACCGCCUCACCGAGGACAAGGCGGACGUCCAGUCCAUCCUGGGGCUGCAGCGCUUCCUCGAGAGCCGCCUCAGCGCCGUCUUCGGGGACCAGAAGUUCUCCCGGCUCCUGGUGGAUCCCGAGGAAGCCCUGGAGGUGCCUCCAGGCUCCUGAUGGCCCCUCCCGGGGGGUGAAAGCCCUCCCAGCACCCCCGUUUGCCCCCCCAGGGGUUCGGGUUCCCCCCAGAGCCCCCCGGGAUGUGGGGGUGUCCCUGUCCCCCCUUUUCCUGGGGUCACGUGGGAAAAUAAACUCCUGCCUUGGUCUCCUG